AAUCCACCUCCUGGACCAGUUCCUAUAUUGGUUCCAAGUCCAGCUCCAGUUCCAACACCAGCCCCUAAUCCAGCUCCAGCUCCUCCCCCUGCACCAGCUGGGGACUGAAAGCCUCAAACGGCAUGUCCGCGCGUCAAGCAUCGGUCCAUGCGAAAUGGAUCAUUGGUCAUGUAAUCGGAACCAAGAUGAAGAAGACGGCAAAGGUUCGAGUGACCAGACUUGUGCUCGAUCCUUACCUGCUCAAGUAUUACAACAAGAGGAAGACCUACUUCGCCCAUGAUGCUUUGGAGCAGUGCACAGUUGGGGAUGUUGUUUUGUUGAAGGCCUUGCCGGAGAAGAGGUCCAAACAUGUCAAACAUGAACUGUCCGAGGUUGUGUAUAAAGUUGGGCAGGUGGUGGACCCGCUCACUGGGAAGAGGGUCGCUGGGAAGCAGUAUUUGGAGCCUCUUACGGAAAGCACAGAAGACGCAGGAGUAUCUUUAACGGAAAAACUGGAGCAACUGAACAUUACUGCUUCAUCACCUCCUUCACCCUCGUAGCAGUUUCUCUCUUUGAUGUAUGCAUGGCUUGAUUUUCACAUUAAAUAUUAUUACAGUCA